AUGAGCACAGCGGAUGGUAGAAACAUACCAGUAAUACUGCAUUCAAUCUCCAAUGAGCACAAGAUCCCAGAGGAGAUGUACAUGAUACCGAGCACCUGGAAGCGUUUCCAGCUAUCGCAGCUGAUCAACAACCUCCUCGAGAAUGUAUCUGCCGUGCCAUUUGAUUUCUUUAUAGGCGAGGACAGCGCUGGGGGAAAGCUAACGAGUGUCCUUAGCAACCACAGCAAUGGCGAAGAAACGCUACACCUCUCGUACGUACCGUCGAUCCUCCCACCGAAGCACCUCAGCACGUACGAGCACGACGACUGGGUGUCGAGUGUCUCUAUAAACCGCACAGCGCACAACGAGCACAAGUUCCUGACGACGAGCUACGACGGUGUUGCGAGUGUGUGGAACAGCCGCAGCGAGAAGACAGUGGAGCUUCUCGGCCACGUGGGGCCGGUGCUAGCGGGCGAAUGGGUAGGCAAUGCAGUGGUGACAGGUGGACGUGACUGCACGGUGCGGAUGUGGGAUAUAGACGCAGGCAAGCCGUCGCAGACGCUGCAAUGCACCGCGCACGCUGCGCCGGUGUCUGCACUCGCAGUCGCUCCACCGCUCCUCCCCAGCGAGCCACACACCCUGCUCAGCAGCGACUGGGAUGGGUUGGUGUGUCUGUGGGACACGCGCACGCCCUCGGCGCACGAGGUGGACGCCGAUCCAGAAGAGCCCGUCAAGAAGAGGAGGAAGAGCAAGCCGGCAGCCGUGGAAGCCGUGCGUAAAGCCCCGAUACACCGUCUGCGCGGUCACACGGGAGCUGUUAAUGGCGUGUCUUUCGCCAAGGAGGACCAGACGCGCGCAUACUCGGCUGGUGCUGACCAUACUCUCCGACUGUGGGAUGUCGGCGUCGGGCUGGAGAGCGACUCUCGCGUAGCUGCCAGCGCUUUGCGCUGUGUUGACUCACUUAAUCUCCAUGGCGUGGCGGUGAGUGGACACGUCGAUAGGAGUGUGUGUGUAUGGGAUACGCGUAGCAGCAGCACCAGCAACGUAGCCCAGAAACUCUGGGGCCAUGGGAGUGUCGUCGAGAGCGUCGCCUCUCAUCCUCACUCGCCUCACCACUUGGCUAGUGCUGCCCUCGAUGGAAAUGUCAAGCUUUGGGAUGUGAGAUCACCAAAACAGGCACUCUUCACCGUCGUUAGGAAUCCAGCAAAUGGGAAGACAGAAAAGCAGAACAAGAUACUGGGCGUGGAUUGGGAUGGCGGUCUACUCGCUAGUGGUGGAGAAGAUUGUGCAAUGCAGCUCCACGAAGCUAGGGCGUAA